AUUUAUCACAUAUAAUUUAUUUAUUUUUUGCCUUUAUUUGGAAGUCUUGGCACGUUUUUGCAAGUAGGCUAAAAGUAAAUGGUUGGUCCGUCCACAGUAACCACACAAACUUUAUUUCUGUUCUGACUCUAAAACUGAUUGAUUCUGACCCUUUGCCUUGAUUCCUCAUUUUGUGAAGCCAAGGUGAGUUUUUUUUUUUUUUUUUUGUUAAAGGUGAGUUUGAACACAAGUGAGGGAAAUAAAAAAUGUUGCGAGUGAAGGGAGGGAAGAGACCACCUUGGGUGGGACUUGGAGCUGCAGUGUGGGUUCAGAUUGCUUCAGGAAAUGGUUACUGUUUCCCUCUCUAUUCCCAUUCCUUGAAAUCCGUUUUGGGUUUCAACCAGAGCCAGAUUACCCUUCUUGGUGUUGCCAAUGAUAUUGGUGAGAAUGUUGGCAUUCUUCCCGGACUCGCCUGCAACAAGUUUCCUCCUUGGCUCAUUCUCUUCAUCGGUGCUCUCUUUUCUUUCCUUGGUUUUGGUGUUCUCUGGCUUGCUAUCACCAAAACACUUGAUUCUCUUCCUUUCAUCUUGCUAUGGUUUGCACUUGCUGUUGCUACCAACAGUUGUGCAUGGUUAUCUACUGCUAUUCUUGUCACCAACAUGAGAAAUUUCCCUGUCAGUAGAGGCACAGUUGCAGGAAUCCUGAAAGGUUAUUCGGGACUCAGUGCUGCAGUUUUUACUCAAAUUUACAGCGUGGUUUUUCACAAUUCUUCAUCCAAGUUCCUUUUGUUUCUUGCCAUUGGUAUUCCUGCUUUAUGCUUCAGUACCAUGUUUCUUGUUCGGCCUUGUACUCCUGCUUCUGGUGAUGAUUCUGCUGAAAAGGGGCAUUUUUUGUUUAUCCAAGGUGCUAGUGUGGCCAUGGGUUUAUAUAUUCUUGCUACAACUCUACUUGACAACUUUAUCCACAUAAGGGACAGUGUUUCAUAUGCUUUGUUGGCUGUGAUGAUUCUUCUUCUCUUGGCUCCACUUGUUAUCCCUAUAAAGAUGACACUGUGUCCCAGAAAAGCCUCUAGCACAGAAAUUCCUGAGGAACAUGUUGGAUCUACAGACUAUUUGGUUCAAGAUGGCAAAGACAACGUAGAGCCAUUGCUAUCAUCUUCAUCAGCUAGUGGUCUUGGAAGUUUUAAUGAUGUGGUGGAUGGUUCAGCUGAGGUGGCUAUGCUUCUUGCUGAGGGUGAGGGAGCAGUGAGGAAGAAGAGAAGGCCCAAAAGAGGGGAAGAUUUUAAGUUUACUGAGGCUCUAGUUAAGGCAGAUUACUGGUUACUAUUUUUUGUUUACUUUGUUGGUGUUGGAACUGGGGUUACUGUACUUAAUAAUUUGGCUCAAAUAGGCAUUGCACAAGGUAUGGAAGAUACCACAAUCUUGCUGUCACUUUUCAGUUUUUUCAAUUUUGUGGGUCGGCUUGGUGGAGGAGUUGUUUCAGAAUAUUUUGUCAGGACAAAAACGAUUCCAAGGACAAUUUGGAUGACAUGCACGCAGAUAAUUAUGAUCUUCUUGUACCUUGUGUUUGCCUAUGCUAUCAAAGGAACCCUUUAUCCUGCAAUUGCAGUUCUUGGUAUCUGCUACGGCGUGCAAUUUUCCAUAGUGAUUCCCACUGUUUCGGAGCUUUUUGGUUUGAAAGACUUCGGUCUAUUGAGCAACUUCAUGGCUUUGGGGAACCCACUUGGUGCAUUUCUUUUCUCUGCUCUUCUAGCAGGACAUAUAUACGACAAUGAGGCAGCAAAACAACACGGUGUAGGCCUCAUUGCUUCAAGUGUUGCAUGCAUGGGUCCAAAUUGUUUCAAGCUAACUUUUUUUACUCUGGCUGGUGUCUGUAUUGCGGGAACCAUCUCCAGCAUUAUCUUGACUAUUAGAAUUAAGCCCGUGUACCAAAUGCUUUAUGCUGGGGGUUCUUUUAAGCUACCUCAAACUUCAGGCCACUAAAAAGUAGUGAAGUUGAAUAACACAAACAAAUAAAGCAGAUCACUCCUUGGUUUCUUUUCUAGACAACCCUGUUUUGUUUAUCUGCUAUUUCCUGGUCUUCCAAUAUAUGCUACAUGGCUGAUCAACAAUCUGUUAGUCAAGGAAUGUUGGCUUCGUAGGUGUGACCAUGUUGGUUUAGUUAGUAUAUAACUCGGUUCAGAAUUUUGGAAUUUUACCUUUAGAAUGCUUGUUUUAGCAUGCAUGUUGGGAUAUAAUGCUGACCACUGAAAAGUGAUAAAGGUAAAUGAUCUGAUACGUGUGAUCUGUAUACACACAUGGUUGUAGGGGAAUUAAUCUAUCAGGUGCUUGGAACUAUCACAUAUUUUAAUAUAUGUGAUGAUAAUGAUACAAUUAAUGAGCUUAUUAGCUAUUAUUAAAUGUAUGAUUUUGGUUUUAAUUUGUUGAAGUCUGAAAGUGAUCUUUGGACUGUA